AUGGCUCGAUUUUGGACCGUGAUUCAGAAGAUUUAUGUUGGGAUCCAUAUGCUACAAAUGAAAACGACGAUCUCGGGAUGGCGGUUGGUUGAACUCUUGGUGAGGCCGGAGAAGAUACUGGAAAACUCAUGUUUGGCCGGAACAACGCUGGAAUCGGAAAAACCUACUAUAACCAGUCAUAAUGCGUCUGCGUCCUUCCUCUAUGAUCGAAUCGCACGUUGGAGCACCUCGUCCAUAAACAACAGGAGGAAGAUGAUGGUGAGCAGAAGAAAUCAUCCCUGUCAUCAUCAUCAUCGGAUCAACAACAAUCCCUACCUGAAGAAGAACAUGAAAAGAGGAAAGAUUCAUUCUCAUCAUGGUCACCAAGGUGGAUUCGGGAAGGUAUAUAAAGGUAAGAUUGAGUUUGGUGAAGAAGGAAUUGAUGUUGCCAUUAAGAGGUUGAAUCUUGAACAUUCGAGUCAAGGGGCAACCGAGUUCAAGGCAGAGAUUGAGAUGCUUUCCCAGUUUCGCCAUAGUCACAUCGUCUCUCUUUUAGGAUACCAUGAAGGAUCCGAUAAAAGAGAAAUGAUCAUUGUUUAUGAAUACAUGCCUAAUGGAAGUCUUGAGGAUCAUUUGCACAAAAGAAAAGUUAACGGAAGUAAUUCCUCUCUUCUGACAUGGAUCCAAAGGCUCCAAAUCUGCAUAGGUGCUGCUCGUGGUUUGGACUACCUCCAUACAGGUACAAGUGUGCAAUCAAGAGUCAUACACUGUGAUAUCAAGAGCUCAAACAUCUUGCUGGAUGAGAAUUUGGCAGCUAAGAUUUCCGACUUUGGGUUGUCAAGGAUUGGCCCAGCAAAUCAGUCAGGCACUACUAAUGUUUAUACCGAUUUCAUAAAAGGCACGUUUGGGUACAUGGAUGCUGAGUAUUUUGCAACUCACAGACUGACACGAAAGUCUGAUGUGUAUGCAUUUGGUGUGGACUUAUUGCAAGCGUUGUGUGGUAGGCCUGCUCUGGAUUUCACAUUAGAUGAGGAGCAACACAGCUUGGCUGUAUGGGCCAGAGACUGCAUCGAAGAAGGUAAGAUUGAUCGAAUCCUUGAUCCCCGUGUGAGGGGUCAAACUACAGCGAGUUGUCUGAAUGAAUUUGCACAAAUUGCAUAUGAAUGUAUGCUUAGUUCUUCAAAGAAUCGACCCACAAUGACUAAGGUAGUGGCUCGGCUAGAAUUUGUGUUGGCAUUGGGGUCACAAAAACAUGGGGGAGUGACAAUUGCUGAAAAGGUGUGGGCAUUGUUCUCUAUUCCAGCAGUGCAUGCUAAAAAUUACAGAAGUAAACAAAAGUGGAGCAAUGACAACAAAAGUAAACGGAUCAUACUAGGCAAAGCAAUGACAGAAGAGAAUAACAAUGAAGUGUUGAAGGAACAGUCAUCAAGUAGUCAGAUGACGACACAGAAAUUGACGAUAUUCAGAUUAGAUGAGUUGUGGAGAGCCACCGGAAAAUUCUUGCCACCACCACUUCUUGGAGUUUCGGAUCGUGUGUCAGUCUAUAAAGGGUGGGUGACUAGUGCAUCAUACACACCAUCAGCAUUUGAUGUCCCAGAAGCCAUCGUGAUCAAUAAUUUAAACACAAAUGUUGCUAAAAAUAGCCAUAAUUGGCAGAAGAUGCAGACCCACUUCCAUGGGACACAAGGAUUAAAAUAG